GGUCAGGAUGAGACCUCAGCGUCCCAAGCCGACAUACUAUGGCGCACGUCCGAGGCCCGUGGCUACCUGGCUGCCUGGCCUUGGUUGCCCUGUUUAGCCUUGUGCACAGCCAGCAUGUGUUCCUGGAGCCUCAGCAAGCACUGUCGCUGCUCCAGCGGGUCCGACGUGCCAACAGUGGCUUCCUGGAGGAGGUGCGCAAGGGCAACCUGGAGCGAGAGUGCGUGGAGGAGCAGUGCAGCUACGAGGAGGCCAGGGAGGCCCUGGAGUCUUCCAGUGCCACGGAUGCAUUCUGGGCCAAGUACACAGCUUGUGAGUCGGUGAGGAAACCUCGGGAAAAGCUCGUGGAAUGUCUGGAAGGUAACUGCGCUGAAGGUCUGGGUAUGAACUACCGAGGGAAUGAGAGCUUCACCCGGUCAGGCAUCGAGUGCCAGCUAUGGAGGAGUCGCUACCCACAUAAGCCUGAAAUCAACUCCACCACCCACCCUGGGGCCGACCUGCAGGAGAAUUUUUGCCGCAACCCAGAUGGCAGCAGCACUGGGCCCUGGUGCUAUACUUCGGACCCCACCAUGCGGAGGGAGGAGUGCAGCAUCCCUGUCUGUGGCACAAAUGGCGUCACUGUGGAGCUGACCCCCCGCUCCGGAGGUGCCAGGGUGAAUGAGUCACCUACAGUGGAGCAGUGUGUCCUUGAGCGUGGCCGGCAUUACCAGGGAAGCCUGGCGGUGACCAUACACGGGUCCCCCUGUCUGGCCUGGGCCAGCAGUCAGGCUGAGGCCCUGAGCAAGGACCAGGACUUCAGCCCCGCAGUGCCACUGGUGAAGAAUUUCUGCCGCAACCCAGACGGGGACGAGGAGGGCGCCUGGUGCUACGUGGGCGGGAAGCCUGGUGACUUCGAGUACUGCGACCUCCACUAUUGUGAGGAGCCUCUAGACGAGACGGGCGACGGGUUGGCCGAGGACCCCGACGCAGCCAUCGAGGGGCGCGCCACCACUGAGGAGUUCCAACCCUUCUUCAAUGAGAAGACCUUCGGCUCCGGGGAGGCAGACUGUGGGCUGAGGCCUCUGUUCGAGAAGAAGUCACUGGAGGACAAUACGGAGCAGCAGCUUCUGGAGUCCUACAUAGGCGGGCGCAUCGUGGCGGGUUGGGACGCGGAGAUGGGCCUGGCGCCCUGGCAGGUGAUGAUUUUCCGGAAGAGUCCCCAGGAGCUGCUGUGUGGGGCCAGCCUUAUCAGUGACCGCUGGGUCCUCACUGCUGCCCACUGUGUCCUGUACCCGCCUUGGGACAAGAACUACACUGAGAAUGACCUUCUGGUGCGCAUUGGCAAGCAUUCCCGCACCAGGUAUGAGCGAGGCAUUGAAAAGAUCUCCAUGCUGGAAAAGAUCUACAUUCACCCCAGGUACAACUGGAGGGACAUGCUGGACCGUGACAUCGCCCUGCUGAAGCUCAAGAAGCCCAUCACCUUCAGCAGCUACAUCCACCCUGUGUGCCUACCCGACAAGCAGACAGCAAACAGAUUGCUCCAGGCUGGACACAAAGGGCGGGUGACCGGCUGGGGCAACCUGAGGGAGACGUGGACAGCCAAUCCUAGCGACUCGCAGCCGAGUGUCCUGCAGGUGGUGAACGUGCCCAUCGUGGAAACCUCUGUGUGCAAGGCCUCCACUCGGAUCCGCACCACUGACAACAUGUUCUGUGCCGGUUACAAGCCCGAUGAAGGCAAACGAGGGGAUGCUUGUGAAGGUGACAGUGGGGGACCUUUUGUCAUGAAGAGCCCCUUUAACAGCCGCUGGUAUCAAAUGGGCAUCGUCUCAUGGGGUGAAGGCUGUGACAGGGAUGGAAAAUAUGGCUUCUACACACAUGUGUUCCGCCUGAAGAAGUGGAUCAAGAAGGCCAUUGAUCGGUAUGGAGGUUAGGGGGCCACCUACAUUCUCGGCUCCUCACUGUGAAAUCACAGAAACCAAUCCAGUGGAAGAACUAUUUUUGUGGUUUGUUCCUAAAACUAUAGUUCUCAAUAAAAGUGACUCUAUCUACGA